GGGCGGGACCGGCCGGAGGGGCUGCGCGCCGAGGCGGUGGUACAGCCUGGAGCGCCCCGCAGCUGCGGGCCGGGGACCCUGGACCCCACCCCACGCCAAGAAAGAAGGAAGGAAGGAAGGAAGGAGCCAAGCCCCCCCCCACCCAAGGAUGACACUAAACACCCAGCAAGAAGCAAAGACCUCCCUGCGUCGGCGAGCCAGCACUCCCCUGCCCCUGUCCUCCCGGGGCCACCAACCUGGCCUGUGCACGGUGCCUUCCACUUCCACACAAUCCCAGCAUCCCCGGCUGGGCCAAUCAGCCUCCCUCAACCCUCCCACCCGGCAACCUUCACCUGCCCCCAACGGUUGGUCCUCUGAAUCCAGCGACUCUGAAGGCUCCUGGGAGGCCCUGUACCGUGUGGUACUGCUUGGAGAUCCUGGAGUAGGGAAGACCAGCCUGGCCAGCCUCUUUGCGGGGAAGCAAGAGCGGGACCUCCAUGAACAGCUGGGAGCUCUUCCCUCGGUUGCAGAAGAUGUGUACGAGAGGACCCUCACAGUGGAUGGAGAGGACACCACGCUGGUGGUCAUGGACACCUGGGAGGCUGAGAAACUGGAUGAAAGCUGGAGCCAGGAGUCAUGCCUGCAGGUGGGCAGCGCCUACGUCAUCGUGUACUCCAUCGCCGACAGAGGCAGCUUCGAAAGCGCCUCUGAGCUCCGCAUUCAGCUGCGGCGCACACAUCAGGCAGACCACGUGCCCAUCAUCCUGGUAGGCAACAAGGCGGACCUGGCACGCUGCCGGGAAGUCUCCGUGGAAGAGGGCCGCGCCUGCGCUGUGGUGUUCGACUGCAAGUUCAUCGAGACGUCUGCCACGCUGCAGCACAACGUGGCCGAGCUCUUCGAGGGCGUGGUGCGUCAACUGCGCUUGCGCCGUCCGGACAGCGCAGUUCGGGAGCAACCCGUCCCCCGACGGCGGGCGAGCUUUGGCCAACGUGCUCGUCGCUUCCUGGCACGCCUGACAGCCCCCAGCGCCCGCCGCCGGGCACUCAAGGCCCGCUCCAAGUCCUGUCACAACCUGGCUGUGCUCUGAGGCCGCCUGCCCUCCCAGGGGUGGCAAGACACUGGGGAGCGCUCUGAGCUCCACCAACGCCACCGAAGAGCAAAGGCAUAGUGACCUGGAGUGCCCAUCGUAGGCCUUGCCUGCCCGCUGCCCCGACUGCCAGAGCGUCUCCUGGAGCCACAGCUUCAGGGACCCCUCCGCCCCAGGAAGCCAUGGACAAACUAUGGGGCCACAACCCAAGCUGGACACAGAGUAGGGUUUUUUUUACGCGAUGCGUGUCUUUUUGUAAAAAUUUUCCUUAGCCCUGGGCUCUGGCCAACCCUCA